GAUCAUCAGAAAAUGGAAAGGGAAAGGGAGAAGCAGAGACGGGAGGAGGUUAAGCAGAAGAAGGAGGGGGAUGGAGGUGGUCAUAGUGAAAUAUCAAGGAUGAAGCCGUUAACAUAUGAAGCCUAUGGCGGUGGAAUGUACGGUAGAGAGCCAGAUCAGCCUGCAAAAGAAAAAGCAAAACCACGGGCCAGUGAGAGCCAGAGUGCCGACGGACCAGCUGAAGCCACCACUCAACCCCCCAAGCACACACCCCCACCUUACACCGGCGACCGAGACCUUGAUAUCACUGGUCAAUCCUAUAUUCAGUAGUAGUAAACUUGUACCAAUACCACUAUAUAUAUAUAUAUAUAUAUAUAUAUAAUAUGUCAAUCCAAUUUCUGUUUAUAUUAAUUGAGAACUUGUUAUACUAAUUUGGUGUCUAAAAUAAAAACCCUAGCUAGCUAGAUAUCACUAC